AUGGCGACGCUUACUGUCGAGAAGUUCUUGGACUACAUCCGAGCUUUCAAUGAGCCGGACUACGAUAAACAGCACGGCUUCUACUCCGACGAUAUUGAACUCGUCAUCCCUGAUCCUCAGAUUGGCACGCUAAAAGGCAAAGAGGGUAUUUUGAACCACUAUCGCCCCAUUCACAAAGCCGCCGUCGAAAAAGUCAUUCCAAUCAGUGUCAAGACUGAACCGGGAAAGUUUUUCCUUUCAAUGGAGUCGUACUUCAGAUAUAAGGUAAAGACCGUCGCGGUCCACGACUUUCAAGUUGAGGAAGGAGAUGUGAUCAAGAUCACAUGCAGUGCCGACUACGACAUCGAUAAUGAAGGGAGAAUGACAAGGAUCACAUGUCAACUGGCCAAGGCGGAAUUGCUUGAGGGAAAGCCAGAUCUCCAACUGAGGAUACGGGAUAGUGAGAGCCGGGCAGAGCCUUCUUUGAGGCUGUACAAUUAUUAG